AUGGUGGAUAAACAAUACGACAUGCAGUCUGGUCAUCAACAGACAGUUUUGACACCCAUAAUACCCGUAUUUCUACCAAUUACCUCUGUAACCUUUGUAGUGUUCAUCACACAGGUGCCCCUACAGAUUCACAAAGUUCCAGUGUUGAGUUUCCAUGAACCCUAUUCAUCCAUGACAAGAAAAGGAAUAGAGAACUUGACAGGACUUCCCACACUGUCCCUGGUAGCAGUUUAUGAGGGAACCAACCACAUAGACACAGCACGCUUCAUCAAAGAUGCACCAGAUGCAGCGGCACUGUCUCCAUCACUGCAGCCCAUCUCUUCUCGUCUCCAAUGGUGGUCUCCGGGGGAAUGGUUGCAGUGCAGUCUUCAUGUCCUGGGCAGGUCUGUUGCAUGUUGGUGGCUGACACUGGUUUUCAAUAUUUGCACCAAGAAGCAUACCACGCAUACCCUCUGUUGUAAGACUGGUACCCAGGUGACCGACAGCCAAGGCCACAUUCAGCUGUGCAGCUCUUCGUCCCCUGCCAGAUCUUCUCACCUCUUCGUAAAGCUUUUCUCAGUGACUGGUAUAGUAGCACUUCUUACAUCGGAUGGAAAGGAGCCAUGCCAGGUGUCGUUUUUCCUCCCCAUGCUGAUUCCAGUCCAGUGGACCAUCACAGUCUGGAAACUUAUAGCUGCCAGGACUUCUAAGAGAAACUCCAUUCUUUGAUGACUGAUGGAAAAGCCUCAUCACCCCCACUGCUUAAGAACCCCUUAUCUUAAUCACCAGCCAUUAAUCAGUGAUCACUGUUACCAAAGCUCCAAGGUGCACAUGAUGCAACUUCCUGGAUGGUGUGUAGGCUGUUUGUCAACAUGUGAAUCCCACAUGCAUUUCGGG